AUGCCUCUUACUUACGUCGUUACUGGUGCUUCUCGUGGUCUUGGCCUCGAAUUCGUAAACCAAUUAGCUGCCAAGGGCCACACUGUCAUUGCAUGUGCCCGUAAUCCUGACAACGCUGCCGACCUCCAGAAGCUGGUUGACAACAAGCACGUCUUUGCUGUCAAGAUGGAUACCACCGAUUAUGAGUCCAUCAAGUCUGCCGCUAAAGAAGCAUCUAAAUACGCUCCAGAAGGCAUCGAUGUCUUGAUCAACAAUGCUGGUAUUGGCGGCGAAAAGUCGACCAGACCCGAAAAUCUAUUGGAGGAAGAUUUGAACACUAUCUUUCAAACAAAUGUUGUGGGUGUUUCCAAUGUGACAAAGGAGUUUUUACCAUUGCUUCAAAAGCGUGGUAAAGACCAUGUCAAGAAGAUUGUUAACAUCUCGUCUAUUCUUGGAUCCAUUGAGCUUAUCAACCAAGUCUCUCCUACUGGUGGUCAACCCGCUUACAACAUCUCCAAGGCUGCCUUGAACAUGUACGUCAAGAUGCUGGCUAAUAACCUCGCCAAGGACAACUUCAUUGUGUAUUCCAGUCAUCCCGGUUGGGUUGCUACUGACUUGGGAGGCCAAUCUGCCCCUGUUCAAGCCGUUGAUUCUAUUAGAGGUCAAUUGGCUAAGCUCGAGAAUGUAACAGCCAAGGAUAAUGGCGGAUUCUUUGACUUUGAAGGAAAGACUCUUCCUUGGUAA